GCAUUGGAUGUAAAGGGAGUCCUACCCUGCAGCUAAAAAUUGGCAAUGGCAGGCAAAGGAAAAUCAAUCUCGCUUCAUCUUCAUCACUCAUCUCCCAUUUCUCAUCUCUCAUCUCAUCUAACCUUACUAAACUAGUAAAUGUCACAAUAUGAACACUCCUUUACCAUAUUGCUGCCAAUUCACCGUUUCCUUCGGUAGUCAUUAAUUAUCCCCCAAUCACUUCAUUCGCCUAUUUACCUAACAAUCGUCAUUAACAUCAACAAUUGAGAACAACAAUUGAUAACAACAAUUCAGAACCUUGUUGUUCUCUUACCAAGUCGUUGCUUGUUGCUUACGACUCUAACAAAUUGUCUGGAAUGUGACACUAGAAGAUAAAAACAUCAAAUCAACAUCGCGAUAUCCCAGAUAUGGCCACUUCCACGGAUCUAUCCAGUGCGAGACCAUCUGAGAGUGUAGAACUAAAGGCAUCGCUUCCUAAAGCGGACGAUGGACAAUUCAAUGAAGGAUUAAUUGACAGGAACGGAGUCAUACAUUCUAGCAGUGACGCCGACGCCGAAGCAGCCGGCGGUGACAACGACCCAAAGGAAAAGAAGUCCUUGAGUUUCUAUCUUUCAUUCUUCGCCAUCAACAUAUUACUUUUUCUUUACUCUCUAGAUGCUACUACUCUCGCGGUAGCCAUUCCGGCUAUCGCUUCUGAACUACAUGGCAGCACCUUGGAAUCAUUUUGGGCGGGUAUCGCAUACUUCUUAGGCCUCGUCGUCAGCCAGCCACUUUAUGCAAGUGUGUCUGAUAUUUUCGGUCGCAAACCCCCUCUCUACGUCGCCUUCGCGCUAUUCUUUGCUGGCUCUCUCACCUUCGCCCUCGCACAGAGUAUGAAUGCCAUCGUCGCAGGUCGUGUCAUUCAGGGCUUAGGUGGUGGUGGCCUCGACGUUCUCGGUGAAAUCAUCGUGGCUGAUAUGACCACUCUAAAGGAACGUCCUUUGUAUAUUGGCAUCAUGGCUUUACCGAUUGCACUUGGCAGUAUCCUAGGGCCCACUAUCGGCGCGUUAUUCAGUGAUCUAGUUUCCUGGAGGUGGAUCGGGUGGAUUAACCUCCCGUUGCUAGGCAUCUCCUUCCCUAUCCUGGCCUUUUCCCUUCGCUUACGCCCGCUUGAGUCGUCGUUCCAGACGAAGGUGAAUCGCUUAGAUUGGAUCGGCAUGUCGCUGUUUACCAUUGGAUGCAUAGCCUUCGUCCUACCCCUGAGUUGGGCUGACGCCUUGUUCCCCUGGAAAUCCGUCGAGACCAUUCUCCCUCUGCUUCUAGGCGCCAUCGUUCUUGUCCUCUUCGCCGUCUACGAACGUAAACCCAAAGCGCCCGUUUUUCCUUACCAAGUUUUCCGCUCUCGUACAGCAGCGGUCACGCUAUGUGGCGCCUUCCUUCACGGAAUGGCGUUGUAUACGCUGCUACAAUACGUGCCUCUGUUCUACCAGGCAGUCCUACUUGACGGCCGAAUCGAAUCGGCCGUGACGCUGCUACCCACCAGCAUCAUCAGCGUCGUGUCGGCAAUGCUCUUUGUAAUGGGGGUUGGGAAAGGUGGAAAAGGCUACCUACCGAGGAUAUGGUUUGGCUGGUUCUUGACGGUCCUAGGAAUUGGCCUGUUGUGUCUCUUGAGCCCGUCUUCAUCUACAGCCAUGACUUUCGGUAUUCCCAUCAUCUGGGGCGCAGGUAUCGGCGCUCUGCUGCGCUCCCUCCACCUUCCCAUGCAAGCCAGCGUCCCGAGUGCUGAUGACACGGGCCACGCGAUCGCCAUCAUGCUCACAUUCCGAUGUCUCGGAGGCCUAAUUGGGCUUGCGAUUUGCUCCACCGUCUUCAACAGCGUCUUCGCGCACGCCAUUACCGCUGUCGGACACCUACCUGAUGAACUCGCCGUCCUGAGGAACCCGCCCGACGCCAUUGCCUUCAUCCCGAUGCUACGGGAAUUAAAUCUCCCCGCCGACGUCAUCGCCCCCGUUCUCGAAGCGUACUUAUCAGCCAUGCGCGCCAUCUUCUACGCCAUGCUCGGUUUCUCUGGCCUCGGAUUCGUCAUCUCCUUCUUCACCGAGGAACUCAGUCUCCAGAAGACGGAACGCGGACGACAACAGUUUGAGGCGUAAUCUUCGCUAGCAGUGUACUUACCUACCUAUAGGAAUAUUCUAUUCGAUGAUGACAGUGCAUGAAUUAGGAAAAGUCAAAAGAAAAUAGGAAUUAAGAAUCAGAUGUGAAUAACACUCGACGAGAUUUAGAUGUAAUAGACGUGGUACAUAACUGCCUUACCUACCUGGGUACAUAUAUGUGCAUAGGGUAGGUAUGUGGGUACGCAAGUAAUAAUUGUAAUUAAUGAACCGACAUGGCGUUGGGAAAUGGGGUGGGUGGAUUUAUAGACGGAUAUAUGAUAAUGUUAAUAAGACGCCAGCAACGGCGGCUGUCAUGCGUUUAUCUUCUUCUGCUAAUUUUGGAACUUGAUGAUUUUAUAGACUACAGCAUUAGAUACCUACCUAGGUAACUAUAUCGUGAUAUAAUCGGGUUAAGAGCACCCUUUCUAGGUUG